AACCUCACACACCACAGAGGCAUAGCUUCUCUCUUCCCGCCGUUUGCGUGCGUUGCGUUUGGGCUCGUUCCAAGUAGGACGCUGGCACUGCUUGAGCACAGCGCUCAGAUCAUCGUAUCUUUGAUCGCCUGUGGCGCGAACCCUUCACUGCGCACCACCACCAUCCUCGAGCUCCGCGAUGUCACUUACUACGGCUGUGACAGCACCGGCGAUAGUCACGAAUGAAGUUACUACUACACCUACGACGGCCGCAACUUCUUCACCUACUAUCAGCACGACUCCCAAUCAAGGAAAAGCAAACAACACGAGACUCAUCAUCAUCAUUGUUUCGUGCGUCGGAGGAUUUGCUGUCAUCUUGCUUCUUGUCCUCGUGGUCGUGCCCCUCACACGCCGUCGCCUCGACCGCAAACGUCGAAAACUCGGUUCCGGAGACGCGGAAGAGGAUAAGUUCGGGAAUGGAACUGGACAUCAGAGGAUAAGGUCAGGUCCGGACUCGAGGAUGCCGCUCCUGAAUGAGGAAGACGUAGAGCGAGGACGAGACAGUAGAGAACGGGAUGGUCAGCCAAACGGAGGACGGAAUCCGGAAAUUAGAAUUGGGGAGAGAAUCAAGUGGUUCGAUGAGAACGAUUUACAGCCGCGACACAACGGCAACGUCGAGUUCGUACCGACUCCAGGUACCGUCGUAGAUGUCGAUGCUCCCCCAGAGCCUUCACCAUCUUCCUCUCGCUUCGGUGACAUCACUUCCCCACGUCCCAUACGCGCCCUCCGACCGCCACCCGUCCUCCGUCAUGCCCGCACCCGCGUCGCCAACCCACCGAUGACCUCUCUCCCCGAAAAUCACACUACCUCUGACAUCACCCCAGCGGUUGCUGCCCGGUCACCUUCACCCAGCACCACCACAAGCGGAGACACCCACGCGCACCUCACAUCUCCCUCGACCUCAUCUGACCGCUUCCCCGACGAUCCACACCCCACAUGGCUGCACAUCCCCAACCUCCCACCCGCCCGACGUCUCAUCUCCGCCUUCCAAUCCUCCCUUUCCUCGAUAUCCUCCGGCUCAUCCACCCGUUCCUCGCAAGCCGCAUUGUCCACCUCUUCAUCCCUAUCCCGACCUCGAGACCGCGCUCAAACACAUCAGAAUUCAUCAGACGGAACGAUACUCCCGCCGAUGAGACAUUACCCCUCGUUCACCACGAAUUCGAAAAGCCCGGCGACGAGUUUCUAUUCGCUCGAUUCUGGGUCUGUGGCAGAUUCGGGAGUGGGGGUCGGACAGCCUCCGUCACGCGCGAGUAAGAGGGAUACGUUUGGAAAUAGUGCGAGUCGAGGAGGGGCUGCGGACGGGACGUUUGGGAGUCGGGAACGUGAGAGGGCUGCGUUGCAUUUACAAUCGCAAUUGAACGGUACCGGUGGGACGACUAGUACCGGAAACGCUGGCGCCCGUUCGACUACCUCAGGCAGCGGAAGUCGUGGCAACUCCAAUCCCAGUGGCAGUAAAAGCAACGGCGCGAUGAGGAUAACCGAGCUCGGGGAACUGCAGUCGUUGAAAACACCUUCGGCGAGGUUGAGAUCGCAGAUGCCGGGUGGAGAAGGACUUCACGUUACGGAGGUGAGCGAAGACGCAGGCUUCCUGCUGCCGCCAUCGAGACAGGCGAGCUUCUUGAGUGGACCGGGGAGCGCGUCGAGUCUUGGGGUUGUCAGUGGAGGAGGCUCGAAGAGGGGCUAUGCGAGUCGGAGUGCGACGAGUGGGGGGUCGGGCAGUGUUUAUUCAGAUGCGAGGUCGAAUGGACUUUCAGACUCGUGAUUACUAUGCUUAGGUGUGGUAAGGCUGUGGACUUUUCUGUGCUCGAUGCCCAGGUGGUGCACUUUGUUUCUCUUUCUUUUUCCAGCCGCAUUUCUUGUGUAUACCUAUUGCUUCUUCGGUCUCUCAUUACUUUCCGUUUUCUUCUGUGCUUCAUCGAUUGUAGCUGCUGACCUGACUACAGACACUCAGAGACAUUUUCUCUUACCAUGCCUCAUUCCCCGCCCCUUAUUCCUCAUCCGACGUUCCGCGUUUCACCCUCCGCCCACUACCCCUGCUCCAUAUUUCCUCUCUUUUGCCCUCACUCUCAUGCAUACCUGAACGAUCUUACAGUAC